AUGACAGCAACAGAUGACCCUAGGCUACACCAUCCGCCGCAGUUCAUGUCCCAAUCGCGUUACCUGCAAGGCCCACGGUAUCUGCCCCGCGACCCGCUGGGUGAAACAGAUAUUGAAACCCAGGAGUCUCAUAACGAGACUACAUUGCUGUCAGAGGCUGUUGUGCCCGCACUUAGCGGCUUCCCUGAUGUAAAGGAGUUUGAUCAACUGAUGCAGAACUAUGUCAAGGACCUGUCCAUCAAGAAGCAAGAUAAAGCGUUGAUCUAUGCUAAAAGAGCCCGGAACAUCAGGACUGUACUGAUUGACCCCAAAGACACAGCGGUGGAGUCGGCUCAAUUCCGGUUCUGGGUCAAAAAGAUGUUCAAGCUCCAAGCCGUGGGAUCGGAUGGUUCCCAAGGAACUGAUCUCCCGCUUCGUCAAGAUCUGUCCAACCUGCCAGGUGCGCCGUGGUGGAUCACGCCUGACGCCGCCCAAUUCGCGAAGAAGUUCCCCCAGACUGGAAAUGGUCUCUCGAUCCCCCAAACUGCCGUCGCCGCCAAUCUCACGACGAGAGUCCUCGUUUGCUGGUCAGAUGCCCCUUGA